AUACAGAGAUGGGCAUGUACUAAACGUUUGUGUAAAUCUUUUUUUAAGCUAAGUGAAAAUGGUGAUAUUGUUUUUAGUGUUUUAAAUCACGAUCAUGACAAGGAUGAUACAAAUAUUUUAACUCGACAAAAAGUCAGCAACAAAUUAAAACGUAAAGCUCUGGAUGAUCCGUAUGAAAAACCGUGUAAAAUUUUACAUAAAGAAUUACGCCAAGGAGACAUAUCCAGUUUGACUACUGCAGAUACGACGCUGAUAAGAAAAAAUAUUCAUUAUGCACGGUCAAGCAUUAUUCCAAAGUUGCCUACAAAUUUAGAAGAACUACAUUUGGCUCUUACAAAUUUAGGUGAAAUUAAAACAAAUCGAGAUGAAAUAUUUUUAUUCAUAAAUAAUUCAGUAAAAAAUAUUGUAGCAUUUUCAACACAAUCCAACUUAAAACAUUUAACUGAAUGUGAUGUUUUAUAUGUUGAUGGGACGUUUAAAAGCUGUCCCAGACCAUUUUACCAAUUAUUCAUAAUUCAUGGAGCUAAAAAUGCAAAUUGUAUAAUUUACGCUGAUUUUGAAGAAGCAAUACACACGGCAAUUUCAGAAAUUUUCCCCGAAGUAAUUCGCAAAGGCUAUCGUUUUCACUUAGGCCAGUCUAUGUGGAGAAAAAUUCAAUCACUUGGUCUUUACCUCAUGGCCAUAAAACCAAAUAAUCAGCAAUUGCAUGAUUUUUGUAAUUUUUUCGAAAGAAAUUAUGUUUUACCAAAUUCUAAAUUUCCACCGUCAUUAUGGGCUGAAUUUUCUAACUCAUUGCAGCGCACUACUAAUUCAUGCGAGUCAUUCCAUUCGAAACUAAACAAAAUCUUGAAAAAUGUACAAACCGAUGUUUAUGUCAAAAUUCGUAGCUCAAAUGUAACAAAAAAACAACGGGAGGUAUUAGAAAAAGAAGAUUAUAUUAAUGACAUUAUGCAUCAAUUUCAAAAUAAAAUGUUAACUCGUUUGGAAUUUAUUGAAAAGUUGGCGUACAAAAAUUUGCCAGUUGGGUUUUAG